AUGGUGAGGAGAAAUUCUCAAGACCAGGGAAAGAAAUUGGAAGCAAUAAGUGCUAAGCUUCAAAGGGCUGAAGAGCAGGCAACCAAGGAAAGGUGCACAAUGAGAAUGGAGCAGGAAUUGGUGUUAUUGAAGGGAGAGAGGAUUGUGCACAAGGAGUGUGAAAGCUUGCGGAGACAACUUUACAAUCAAAGGAGUCAAAUUAUCAAAAGCAUUCCUUGUUUCUGGUUAACUGCUUUUUUAAGUCAUUAUGCGCUUCACCAUCUCUUGAGUGGAGAAGAUCAGAAGAUAUUCAGAUUUCUUAAUUCUGUAAACGUUAAGAGACUGAAGACGUUGAAGGUGUCAUAUCUGGGAAUACAAUUACGUUGGUGA